AUGCAGUCCGCGUGGGGCGGCGACCGGUCCUUCUUCGACCUGCACGCCCACGACUUCGUGCGCGUGUCGACGUGCGUGCCGCGCGUCUUCCUCGGCGACCCGCUGCGGAACGCGGCGGCCAUCGGCGAGCUCUACGACCGCGCCGUCGCCGACGGGUCGAGCUGCUGCGUGUUCCCGGAGCUGUGCGUCUGCGGCUACGCGCUCGACGACCUGCUGCAGCAGGACGCGAUCCUCCGCGAGACGCUCGAGGCGCUCGCGCUGCUCAAGGCGCGCACGGCGCCGGGCAAAGCCCUGCUCGUCGUCGGCGCGCCGCUCCGCGUCGACGGGCGGCUCUACAACUGCGCGGUCGUCCUCCACGGCGGGCGCGCGCUCGGCGUGAUCCCCAAGAGCUACCUGCCCAACUUCCGCGAGUUCUACGAGGCGCGCCAGUUCGUCUCGGGCCGCGAAAGGUGCUGCGGCGACGUGCUGCCCGGCACCUUCCUCGGCGAGGCCGGCGUGCCGUUCCGCGCGGACGUCGUCUUCCGGUGCGCCGAGAACGCGGACUUUUGCGUCGGCGUCGAGGUCUGCCAGGACGUCUGGGUGCCCGUGCCGCCGUCGACGUUCCAGGCCUUCCGGGGCGCGACCGUGCUCUGCAACCUGAGCGCGUCGAACAUCACCAUCGACAAGAGCCGCUACCGCCACGCGCUCGUCGCGUCGAUGUCGUCCAAAAACUACUGCGCGUACCUCUACACGUCCGCGGGCGCGGGCGAGUCGACGAACGACCUCGCCUGGGACGGCCAGGCCGUCAUCUACGAGUGCGGCGACCUGCUCGGCGAGUCGGAGCGCUUCGCCGACGACGUCCGGGGCCAGGCGCUCCACGGCGACGUCGACCUCGGGCGCGUCGCGCAGGACCGGAGCCGCGACAUGACGUGGUCGCAGAACGGCCGCGACUUCAGGGAUCUCGUGGAAAAGGUGCGCGUCGUCGACUUCUCGCUCGUGCCCGGCGGGUCGCACGGCCUCGGCUUCCGCCGGGUGGCGAAGCGGCCCUACGUGCCGAGCGACCCCGCGACGCUCGCGGAGCGGUGCUACGAGUGCUACAACAUCCAGGUGUCGGGCCUCGCGCAGCGCAUGCGCGCGUCGGGGCUGAAGAAGCUCGUCAUCGGCGUGUCCGGGGGCCUCGACUCGACGCACGCGCUCCUCGUCUGCUGCCAGGCGCUGGACAAGCUCGGCCUGCCGCGGUCCAACUGCCUCGCGUACACGAUGCCCGGCUUCGCGACGACGGCGGCGACCAAGUCCUACGCGCUCGAGCUCAUGCGGUGCCUCGGCGUGACCGCGGAGACGCUCGACAUCACGCCGAGCUGCGAGGUCAUGCUCGGGGACCUGGGCCACGCCUACGCGGCGGGCGAGCGGGGCCGGGCCGUCUACGACGUCACGUUCGAGAACGUGCAGGCGGGCGAGCGCACGAACCACCUCUUCCGCCUCGCGAACCACAAAGGCGCCUUCGUCGUCGGCACGGGCGACCUGAGCGAGCUCGCGCUGGGCUGGUGCACCUACGGCGUCGGCGACCACAUGAGCCACUACUGCGUCAACGCGUCCGUGCCCAAGUCGCUGAUCCAGUGCGUCAUCCAGUGGGUCAUCUCGUCCGACUUCGUCGGCGCCGAGGCGAACGCCGUGCUCACGUCGAUCCUCGCCGUGGAGAUCUCGCCGGAGCUCGUGCCCCAGGAGGACGGCGAGGCCAUGCAGUCGACGGAGGACGCGCUCGGGCCCUACGACCUCCACGACUUCCAGCUCUACUGCGCGACGCGCCGCGGCUUCGCGCCGGCCAAGGCGGCGUACCUCGCGAUGCACGCCUGGGCCAGCGACUGCCCGGACACCUGGGAGCGGGCCCACUUUGAGCGCGAGCCGCCGCCGACGCUCGCCGGCGCGGCGGCCGUGCUCGAGGACCGCGCGUUCCCGCUCGCCAAGGUCCUCGACUUCCAGCGCACGUUCCUCCGCCGCUUCUUCCUCACGUCCCAGUUCAAGCGCACCUGCGUCCCCAACGCGCCCAAGGUCGGCGACGGCGGCUCGUUGAGCCCCCGCGGCGACUGGCGCGCGCCGUCGGACUCGUCCUGGCAGCCCUGGCACCGCGGCUGGCAGGCGACGGUGAAGUGGGCGCGCGCGAGCGCCGCGGCGGACGGCCACGCGGAGCUGGCGCGCGACCUCGAGGCACUCAUGAGCGUCUACGAGCUUUGAUAACAGACAGGGUUGUU